CAGUCAGUUAGUCGGUCGUUCGGCGCUGAGGGAGGCGGCCGGAGCCGGACGGACUGGAGAGUUUCAGGAGGAGCCGAGAAGUGUCGACUCGCAGCAUUUUGUAGAACAAAGCGAGAACAAACGGAGGGGAUCCGGUGGAAGUAUUCCUUGCUUGUUGGAGAAGGAAGGGAGCUCCAUGGAUCAAAACAACAGCCUGCCCCCCUACGCUCAGGGCUUGGCCUCCCCACAGGGCGCCAUGACGCCGGGAAUCCCCAUCUUCAGCCCCAUGAUGCCUUACGGCACCGGGCUGACGCCACAGCCGGUCCAGAGCUCCAACAGUUUGUCCCUGCUGGAGGAGCAGCAGCGGCAGCAGCAGCAACAGCAGCAACAGCAACAGCAGCAGCAGCAGCAGCAGGCGGCCACCGCUCAGCCGGCCCCCCAAGGGGCCUCUGGCCAAACCCCUCAGCUCUUCCACUCACAGACUCUUACAACCGCUCCCUUGCCAGGCACCACCCCCCUGUACCCAUCCCCGAUGACCCCGAUGACCCCCAUCACACCCGCCACGCCCGCAUCCGAGAGCUCUGGAAUCGUGCCCCAGCUACAGAAUAUUGUGUCCACGGUCAACCUUGGCUGCAAGCUCGACCUGAAGACCAUCGCUCUCCGGGCCCGCAAUGCUGAGUACAACCCCAAGCGUUUCGCUGCCGUCAUCAUGAGGAUAAGAGAGCCCCGCACGACGGCACUGAUCUUCAGCUCCGGAAAGAUGGUGUGCACGGGGGCCAAGAGUGAGGAGCAGUCCAGGCUGGCAGCCAGGAAGUAUGCCAGAGUAGUGCAGAAGCUGGGCUUCCCGGCCAAGUUCUUGGAUUUUAAGAUUCAGAACAUGGUGGGCAGCUGUGACGUGAAGUUUCCCAUCCGGCUCGAGGGCCUGGUGCUGACCCACCAGCAGUUCAGCAGUUACGAGCCGGAGCUGUUUCCAGGUUUGAUCUACAGGAUGAUCAAACCCAGAAUCGUCCUCCUGAUUUUUGUUUCUGGAAAAGUUGUUUUAACAGGUGCCAAGGUCAGAGCGGAAAUCUACGAGGCAUUUGAAAACAUCUACCCCAUUCUCAAAGGAUUCAGGAAGACGACGUAACGGCUUCUCCCCCGCCACCCCCGCUCUCCUCUUUUCACGAGUUGUUUUUGGUACACUGUCAAAUGGUAUUAUCUGGGGGCGCCGGCGAGACCGGAGACAGAGACUCUGGGCGAAGCCGAGCCCCUUUCCCGGAGUGCCAGGGGCCACCCCAUCUUUCCACAGGAACCUCCGACCCAGGUGGUGAGUUGUUU